AUGGUGUCAGAUGGAGAAAUUUCGACCCCAGAUCCACUCAUAUUCGAAGGAAAUUUAUCAGAUUUAUGGGAUAGAUGGAAACAACAAUUCGAGCUUUAUCUGGUAGCUACAGAAUCACACGACAAAACAGAAGAUAUCAAGACGUCAAUUUUACUAACAUGUAUCGGGAAGCACGGCGAAGAGAUCUACAAUACAUUUACGUUCUCUGACGAGGCAGACAAAUUGAAAUUGAAACCACAACAUGAUGGGGUGACAUUUGAUGCCUUUGUCACCGAGCUAAAAAGACGAAGUGCACAAUGUGAAUUUGGCGACCUUAGAGAAUCACUCAUCAGAGACAUGAUAGUAAUCGGGGUCUCAGACAACCCGCUUAGAGAGCGACUGUUAAGGACGGAGACUUUGACUCUAGAAAACGCAAUAAAAAUUGGUCAGGCAUCAGAAGCAACAAAGCAACAAGCAAUGACAUUAAGCAGACCACACACCGGAAACCAGAACAAUGUCGACGAACUACGCACGAAAUCAAACAAUACAAGGCGCCAACGACAACAAAGCGCAUAUACUUCUUUAUCUUCGCAAGCUCACAGCAAUUGUAAAUACUGUGGCGAUAUUCACCAACGAGGAAAAUGUCCUGCAUAUGGGAAAACAUGCUCAAAGUGUCAUAAAUUGAAUCACUUCGCCUCUGUUUGCUUAUCUACAUCCCGCAGCGUACAUUAUACCACGGAAGGUCAUGAAGGUCACGAUUACGAGAUCACAAGCGAUGCCAAUAACAUUUUCAUAGGAACUCUCUCAACGGAAGUGACAGACAACUCCGUCAAUACGGCUAAUAUUACGCAAGAUGGAAAUCGUGACUGGAUUAUCUCUCUGCGAUCAAAUGAAAGUGUCACGCGGUUCAAAAUUGACACUGGAGCUCAGGCUAACGUCAUACCAAUGGCAACAAUUGAGAAACUAGCAACUAGACCGCCUAUUGAGAAACUAAUACAACGUUGA